AUGCCACGAAAACAAAACACCAGAAGGCGAACUGGAUGCGCCAAAUGCAAAGAGCAACACAUCCAAUGCACAGAAGAGCACCCCCGAUGCAGACGGUGUGAGAGACUUGAUGUUGAAUGCGUCCGGGAGCUCAAAAUCAUGUUCCGAGAGGAUGCUAUCCAACGGGGCAUUAGCUUUGGCCGUGAAGGGGUUUGGACAAAAAGACCCGGCACAACCGCACAUAACCGGAAAACGGAAACUAUAUUCCAAGGACUUCCUCUGACCCAGUAUACUAACCGCUUGUUCUUUUUGAAUUUAAAUGAGGGUGACUUUCAAGACUCCGAUGGCGUCCCUCGAACACAUUCUUCAGGCCAGAUUUGCCCCAACAGCAUAGACCUCUGUACGGACCUUUCGAUCCCAACUUCCAUCUACCACCCCCUUCAUUCUUUUCUGGACACGGAGACCUAUCUUCUUGAUUAUUUUAUCCGCGGUAUCAGCCCGUCUUGCUCUCUAAGUGAAUUGUAUAAUCCUUACAUCUCUCUUGUGGUUCCCCUAUCUUUUGUCUCCACCACCCUUCGACACGCCGUUCUGGCAGUUUCCGCAAAUCAACUAUGCCUUCUGGGAAAGGAUCAAUUUACAGAGCAAGUCUGUCACUAUAAGCACAUGGCCUUGCAAGGGCUUCGACGGGGAAUUUCCGCUGGUGUACAUGACGAUGGCAUGGUAGCUUCGAUCUUGAUGCUGUGCUUUCACGACAUAUCAGAUGGAUGCUCUCCUUCAUGGAUGACACAUCUUCAUGGUGGCUUGCAACUUAUCGACUACCCAACGUCUCACGGCUCAUCUGAUUUAUGGAAGUUUUUCAGGAUGUACUUUGUAGCUCAUAAUAUCAUGAGCCGUACCGCAUCUGAAAGUUGGCAUCAAGAUGACAUCUCAGAGUUGUGGUCUGGAAGCGAAAACCUCGAAGAAAUCGAUAUGUUGAUGGGGUGCUCGCGGGGCCUGUUGACUUUGAUAAACAAUAUCUCGAUCCAAGCUUCCACAAAAGCAAAAAUACAAAAAUACCGACGUUUAACCCCCGCCGAGACUCAAUACUAUGCCAAUGUGUCAUUAGAUAUUGGCACAGCCCUUCUUGGCUUGAAACAGACGCUUCCUCAACAUUCAACGGGCAGAGAAGACCUCGAGAGAAUUGCACAGGUCAAACAUCUAGCUGCCUUCCUUUACCUUAAUGAACGCCUCGAGGAUGAGCCAGACAUCGACGACCAGGAGAGGCUCGGGGUAUCUAAAGGGUGUAAAAGCCGUCUUAUAUUGUCGAUUAUUGAAAUGAUCUCCACGCUUCCUGAUAUGGCUACUUUGUUAUGGCCUCUGUUUGUGCUUGGGAACACAGGCCUGGAAAAUGAAGAACAACGACGCUUUGUACUGGAUCGGCUGGCCAAUAUCCAGAAGACACGGAAUCUCGGAAGUGUGAGGCGGACAAUCGAUGCCGUGAAACAUGCCUUUAUGACGAAGAGUCUAUUCUCUUCGGGCAACAAGGCAUGGGUCCAUGAAACCUACCGCUACAUCAGCCUCGCUUGA